UUUCAGACAUUGAAUAGAUUAACAUCUGUUUUUUUUCAAACUAUAAGAAGUCAAAAUAGAUCUUUUUUUUAUUGGAUUACUGUUAUAUUCAAUAGAGUUGAUGCUGACCGUAUAAAAGAAAUUGGUCCAGACCGUGCUUGUGCAGAAUGGCUUUUAAGAAAUGGAGCAUUUGUUAGAUGGAAAAAUUUUUCUGAACAAUUAACUGAUUAUAAUGCAUUACCAUCUCAUGGAAAUUAUUACAUUGAAGCUAUUGAAGCAAAUAAUGCUGGUAUAUGUGAUGUUGGAUUUCAACAUUUUGAGGGAUGCAAAUAUAUAAAAGAUAUAAAAUUUGAAGAAUGCAGAUAUAUUAAUAAUAGUGCUAUACCACAUUUAUCACUUCUUCAAGAUUCAUUAAUUAAUUUAGAAAUUAUAAGAUGUAAAAGUAUUGAUGAUAAUGGUCUACGUGAAUUGAAAAUAUUGAAAAAUUUGAAACAAUUAAAAAUUAAAGGAUUACCAGCUGUCACAAAUGAUAUUAUUUAUAAAGAACUUACUGAAGCUUUACCCAAUUGUAAAAUCGAUAUUGAAUAGAGAUUUAUAUUUUAAUAUUAAUUAAUUUAUUUUUUACAAAUGUUUUAAAAAUAUAUAUGCAUGAUGAUAAAGUGUGUGAAGAUAAGAAAUAAAAUAUAAAUAAAAUAAAAUAAAACUGA